AUGUCUGAGCGAGAUGGACAGUGCUCGAAAAGUAGUGAGAGUAUGGAGUGCUCUGGACAACGCACUCAGUUGCUACCAACCAGCCCUGAACGAACCGCUCUCUCGUUGUUCACCAAAGAUGAGUUUUCUCCAGAGGGAGGUGAACAGUCGUCGAGAAUCAGUGAGAUUUUGAGUCAAUUCCCCACAACCGGUAAGUUUUAG